UUCGUAACCCUGAGCCCAGGAAAUGAUGACGCUCAGCUGUGAAGUGUUGCCGUGUUGUCAGCUGCUGCUAGUAGAGGAACUCACGCCACUGUGACACGUUUUCUCCUCUUUUAAUUCCGCAAUUAACUCCCUCCAUCCAUCUUUACUAUCGCUGUCGUUAGAGGAAAGCGUCGCCAUGGAAACCGCAUGUAGAGUCAGGAUGAAGUCGUGCAGCUGAACCUGAGACUCCAAAAGAAUCAACAAAUAAUAAAUAUCAUUAGAAAACUCUUGUGUGGGUAAAAGUAUGAGUUGAAUUCAUGCACUGAUUAUUUAUUUUUAAUCUCCAGAAGUCCGAUCUGUUCAAGUCCUUGCUUUUGUCACGAUGAACGUGGGCACGGCACACAGCGAGGUGAACCCUAAUACACGUGUGAUGAACAGCCGGGGCAUGUGGCUGUCCUACCUACUGGGCAUCGGCCUCCUGCACAUCAUCCUUCUCAGCAUCCCGUUCGUCAGUGUGCCUGUGGUGUGGACGCUUACUAACCUCAUCCACAACAUGUGCAUGUAUCUUCUGCUACACACAGUAAAGGGGACACCGUUCGAGACCCCGGACCAGGGCAAGGCUCGGCUCCUCACUCACUGGGAGCAGAUGGAUUACGGUGUGCAGUUUACUGCCUCGCGCAAGUUCCUCACCAUCACACCCAUUAUAUUAUACUUCCUCACCAGCUUCUACACCAAGUACGACUGGGUUCACUUUGUCAUCAAUACAGUGUCACUGCUCACUGUACUCAUCCCCAAGCUCCCUCAGCUGCACGGAGUACGUCUCUUUGGGAUUAACAAUGUGCCGCGUUGACUCCAUCCAGGGUGUAUCCUGCCUUGAUGCCCGAUGACGC